CAGCCCAGCCGAAACGCCUUGUAUCCCAUGUACAUACUAAGUAAUCGUCGUGCAGUUCGUAUACUCGUUCUUCCUUCUUGCCGUCUGUUUUCUGGCCGUGCAUGUAUAAAUCCGAGCUGCCGUCGCCAUCCAUAGGGCCAACGGUAAGUCGUCUACACCUCAGUCAUGUCCGAGACGCUGGACGCAGUGCCGCCGACUGCCAUGCGGGUUUGGAGAUAGUAGAUUAUGUAGCCGAUGAGAGCGAUGAGGAAGAAGAGGAUGAGGAUGAUGAGAAAGAUGACGAUGUUGCGCUUCAUCUUAUAUGUUGCAGGUCAGGAGAUGGUGUGGUGGUGGAAGUAAUUGGUACAGUUGAAACAGGCCGGUGGUUUGGCGUUAUUAGGUAAGGCUGAUGGGGUGGUGAUACGGAGUGACUAAAUUCGGAGUUAGUGGAAAGAGGAG